CUUGUCUCUUCGUCCAUGAUGCUAAUCUAAAGGCCGUCUUCUCAUCAGCCUUGUAAGGUUCGCUGGUUCUUGCAAGCUGGCCGGUGUGCCAACACUGCACACGUGACUGGCAGACGACUCACCAACAGAGAGACGUCAACGAUAAGGUGAUGGAUAUCAAAUGAUCAGCAAUUCUCCAACGCAUUCUUGGUGAUCCAUUUACGUUGACUUAUCCAAACUCUACGUACAUGGUACGAUUACUUUGUCAUCUACACCAUGCCUACCUCUACCGCUGAGAGGCAGACGCAACUCCAAAUCGACCCGGAACCAGAACUCACCAUCUCUGACACUCAUUUAGAAUAUAUCCAAUCACUGAACGAAUCCCCAACUUGCUAUUCACGGUUCUUCGAUGCCCUUUUGAUCAAUAAGUCCUCACAUUCUGACUUCUUCUACGAUCUAAAGACAUUUCGCGAGCAAUCCGCGGUCAUCACCUUAUUGGAACCCGGAACUAGAGAAGCAUAUCGAGAAUGUACAACCGUCUUUCUAGGGUCACGUUUCGCUCACCCAUGGUGUCGGACAUCUGCCGCACAUUCGUCUGGCCGGAUCAAGGCAAACUGGACAGGACGGACCAAGAAACUCGACGCUGAAGCCAAGAAGGAGGAGGAAAAGCUACAUCGAUUGCUCGUGCCAAUCUGGAUUGCUUUUCAACGCCGCAUGUUCCCUGAACAGCAUGUUAUUGAUGAAUGGGUCGAUAUGGAAGAAGAACGGAAGAAAGAGAGGGAAUUGCUGGCUCGGGAGAAGGAGGAUCAAGCAGCCCUCACAAAAUCUGAUGUUGCUAGUACUUCGUCAACGACAUCUUCGGUUGGGUCCCAACCGGUCUACAGAGAACUUGGCUUUGCAACAGGUCCGGGCUCAUCAUCUAAGGCUACAAGCAGCCAGAACCAUGCCACUGAUGGGAGUGGUGCUGCCGCGGCCAAUGUAUUCCUCGGAGCCGCUGUGACGGGCUUUAUCAUGAGUGAUAAGCGCGUCAAGAAGUAUGUGACCAAGAAACUAAGCAAGAAAUGAAUGCAGCGGCAUGACUGGAUCAUGAUCUAGCCAAGUACAGUCGGAAAAAAUUGGUGUGUUGUCGCGCCUUUGGCUGCGUGCCAUCUCUGUUGUUUCAACCAUUCGGCACAUUCUCCACAAGUUUUGCGAAUAUUGGCACCCAUAGCACCAGGAUGUCAUUCUACAUCUCUCUGAGCCUCGGCUCAUAUUGACGGAUUCCAUCACUUGAUCGCCAUGGCCAUCGUCUAUUCAUCUCAACAUAAACCAUGGUAUAUGCCCCAGCCCUCCGGGUCCAGAAUGGGUGCC